AGUGUUUCCUGCUGCAGGUCUGAGAAAGGGCAGGCUGGCAUGGAGAAAGAGAAGUUCCAGCAGAAGGCUCUGAAGCAAACUAAGCAGAAGAAAUCCAAGUCGGCUGAAUUUCUGAUGGUAAAAGAAGAGAGAGCAGCAACAGAAGGCAUUGAAAAUCCAGCCUUUAACAUCAGCAGCACAGAUCUUUCAGUGUAUCAGCCUUCAGAAGAGAAAGUUAUUAGACAUGACAAGCCAGAUAGCACCCUUGCAGCUCACCAACAAAAACUCGGGUUGCAAGCCCAUGCUGAACCAAGAGGAAAUGAAUACAGCAGAAAUUACUUUGACCCGUUGAUGGAUGAGGAAAUAAACCCAAGGCAGUGUGGGAUGGAGGUCAGUGAAGAAGAUCCUGUGAAAUUUGAUGAGCAAAUCCUGUAUGGUAAACUGAUGAAGCUUCUAGAUGAAGAAAACAAGAUACUGGACUUCCAAGCCUGUGUCGCCAGUGAAGAUUUUCCAGACUCCGUGAUGCCUGUCAGCUCCAGUAAGGCACGUGACCUUCACAGGGAGCUUGAAGAUGAAGAGAUUCCUUCAUAUAUCGAACAGUUUGAGAGAGAUGUUCAGGAUGACAUAAUUCUGCUUGGCAGCUUUUCACUGGAACAGGUUGACUGCUCCAAGACACCGCAGCUGAUAGAAAUUCACAUCAAAUGCCUGAGGGGAGUCAAAGAUAAGGUCCCUAAAGGCCACUACACCCUCAAAGUUUCUGUUCUCAGCCGCUUAGGUGGUGGCUUGCUGCAGUGGCCCAAACUGAAGGAGCAGCCUCAGGCCAGGACAACACUGCCUGUUAGUCACGAUGGAAACUUCUACAACAUUGAAAUCUACUUCGGACAAAGUAUCCAGACAGUUCUACCACCUAGAAAAGCUGUGAAGCCAGGCAUGGUCCUCCUCUUUGAACUCUUCCUUCUUCGUGGGACCCAUACUUGGAUUGAUCAAGAAGUGAUUAAACUACCACAGGAUUCAGAUAAGCAAAAUAAAUGUGAUAUGCACUUUCAUCUCCCACCUGAACUUCUCAUGUAUUCAAGUGUUGCUGAAAGGAAUGGUGUUUCAGAGAAGGUUGAACAGUCUGGACCACAAGAGGAUGAUUUUUACCGGGUUCGCCGUAGCAGUGCAGAUGAGCACUGUCUCUCGUUUUGGCCAAAGGAAGGCCAAGGAGGACAUCACAAGAUCAGCAUGGCUGCAGCGAACUGUAACUACAAACAUGAAUAUUCAAAUUAA